AUGGCCUACCAAGCAUCUCCGGGAGCUGGGGGCUAUGAAGAGGACCACCGGUUGCACGACCUGCCCUCCGGCAGCCAAUAUCAUCUGCCUCCACACGAGGGUUCUGAUGACGAAGAUGAACGAGCCCUCUUAGCCCACGGCCAGGGGCCCUUCAAUGGGCCAUUCGAUGAGCCUCACUCCGGGAUCGCAACUCCCCCUAUCAGACCUGCUUCGAACUACACUCUGACGGAAUCAUAUGUUGGGGAUCACAAGUCACAAGCACCUCCUUACAACGGGUAUCACGGAGAUGGCUACAGCUCGACUCUCGAUGACCCCACAGCGGCAUUUGGCGUGCCUGGGCGAGCGCCGUCUCCAUACGAGAGAAGUGACACCAGCUCCACGGAAGCAUGGAGGCAGAGGCAAGCACCUGGAGCAAAUGGGUUGAGGCGAUACGCGACUCGUAAAGUGAAACUUGUUCAGGGCUCGGUCCUGAGUGUGGACUAUCCAGUACCUAGUGCUAUCCAGAACGCUAUUCAGGCGAAGUACAGGAGUGAUCUAGAGGGAGGCAGUGAAGAAUUCACACAUCUGAGAUACACUGCUGCAACUUGCGAUCCCAAUGAAUUCACGCUCAAGAAUGGCUAUAAUCUUAGGCCGGCCAUGUACAACCGCCACACCGAACUCCUCAUUGCCAUCACAUACUACAAUGAAGACAAAGUAUUGACUGCGCGUACCCUUCAUGGUGUCAUGCAAAAUGUCCGCGACAUUGUCAACAUCAAGAAGACAGAGUUCUGGAAUAAGGGAGGCCCUGCUUGGCAAAAGAUUGUCGUGUGUCUGGUCUUCGAUGGGAUCGAUCCCUGCGACAAGGAGACUUUGGAUGUCCUGGCAACAGUUGGCAUCUACCAAGAUGGUGUCAUGAAGAAAGACGUCGACGGCAAAGAAACCACAGCUCAUGUUUUCGAGUACACUACCCAACUUUCGGUCACGCCCAAUCAGAAACUUAUACAACCCCAGGACGACGGCCCCACUACGCUUCCUCCAGUACAAAUGAUCUUUUGUCUCAAACAGAAGAAUAGCAAGAAAAUCAACUCUCAUCGAUGGCUAUUCAACGCUUUUGGUAAGAUAUUGAACCCGGAAGUCUGCAUUCUUCUAGACGCCGGGACAAAGCCAGGGCCAAAAUCUCUCCUUGCGCUGUGGGAAGCUUUCUAUAAUGACAAAGAUCUUGGUGGUGCUUGCGGAGAGAUCCACGCUAUGUUGGGUAAAGGAUGGAGAAACCUUCUGAAUCCGCUUGUGGCAGCCCAGAACUUUGAGUACAAGAUCAGCAAUAUCCUGGACAAACCGCUGGAAAGCUCCUUUGGGUACGUCAGCGUUCUUCCGGGAGCGUUCUCUGCGUACCGAUUCCGUGCUAUCAUGGGACGCCCUCUCGACCAGUAUUUCCAUGGUGACCACACCGCCGCAAAGAUCAAUGCGGGUAAAGGCAUUGAGAAUAUGAACAUCUUCAAGAAGAACAUGUUCUUGGCCGAGGAUCGGAUUCUGUGUUUCGAACUUGUCGCCAAAGCCGGAUCGAAGUGGCACUUGACCUACGUAAAGGCCUCAAAGGGCGAGACCGACGUUCCUGAAGGUGCUCCAGAGUUCAUCGGGCAACGCCGAAGAUGGCUCAACGGCUCCUUUGCAGCCAGUAUCUACUCACUGAUGCAUUUCGGAAGGAUGUAUAAAAGCAGUCAUAACAUCGUGCGCAUGUUCUUUUUUCAUAUUCAAUUGCUAUACAACAUUUUUUCAGUGUUUCUCUCAUGGUUCUCGAUCGCUUCGUUCUGGCUCACGACCAGUGUCAUCAUGGAUCUCGUCGGAAAGCCAGGCGCAGCGAACGAAAACAAAGCUUUCCCCUUUGGCAACCAUGUUACACCGGUCGUUAAUACAGUGCUGCAAUAUCUCUAUCUCGGCUGUGUCCUUCUGCAGUUCAUCCUAGCACUGGGGAAUCGGCCCAAAGGAUCGAGAUGGACAUACAUCAUGUCUUUCCUAGUCUUCGGUAUCAUCCAGGUCUAUAUUGUGAUACUGUCAAUGUAUUUGGUGGUCCGAGCUCUCUCUGGUAACAACGAAACGGAAAUCGAGACACACAAUGGUCUUGAUGAGUUCUUCAAGACUUUCUUUUCCUCGUCGAGUUCAGGCAUCAUCCUUAUUGCUUUGGCAGCUACCUUUGGUUUGUACUUUGUGGCUUCCUUCAUAUACCUGGAUCCGUGGCACAUGAUCACCUCAUUCCCACAGUAUCUUUGCCUCAUGUCGUCCUACAUCAACAUCCUCAAUGUCUACGCCUUCAGCAAUUGGCAUGACGUGUCGUGGGGAACCAAAGGUUCUGAUAAGGCCGACGUUCUGCCAUCAGCUCAAACCACAAAGACAGGAGACGGUAAAGCCGCCAUUAUCGAAGAGCCCGACAAACCUCAAGCGGAUAUCGAUAGCCAAUUCGAGAUAACGGUCAAGCGUGCAUUGGCCGAAUUCCACCCACCGGUGAUCAUCGAGAAGAAGACCUUGGAGGAUUCGUACAAGAGCUUCAGAACAAGAUUGGUCACGGCAUGGAUCUUCUCGAACGCUUUACUUGCUGUUGGUAUUACGAGUAACGAUUUGACUUCUCUAGGGCUCUCGAACAGUUCAACAGUCAGGACGUCGAAUUUCUUCCGAGCCCUGCUCUGGUCCACAGCUGCCCUCUCCGUGAUACGCUUCAUCGGAUGCUGCUGGUUCCUAGGCAAGUCGGGCUUGCUGUGCUGUUUCAACCGGAGGUAG